GCAUGGGGGUUCUAGGUGUUGUAAAAUGGGCAGAAUGGUUCAGCUGAAACGUCUAAAAGAUUUGUCAUUCCAAUAAUCUGCUCUGCUUCGGAACGCAGAAUCGAGGGACCCACUUUUGAGUACAUACAUACGGAAAUGCCGGAAUGUUUCUUCUCGGAGGCGGUCAUUCCACAGCAGAAGCUAUACGACGGCAGACUCUUCCCCGCCGUGUUAUCGCCUGACCCAAACGCUUCAUGUCCGAGCUUCCCGGUCGCGGUUAAGGAGAAAAAGGCGUGGCUUGAAGCUCUUCUCAAUCAAACUGGGGCUAUCGUCUUCAGAGGAUUCCCGGUGAACUCGGCGUCGGAUUUCAACGACGUGGUCGAGGCCUUCGGCUACGAUGAGCUGCCGUACAUCGGCGGCGCCGCCCCUCGGACUAAUGUUGUUGGUCGCGUUUUCACCGCAAAUGAAUCCCCACCCGACCAGAAGAUCCCUUUCCACCACGAAAUGGCUCAGGUCCCAGAGUAUCCAUCAAAGUUGUUUUUUUAUUGUGAAGUAGAGCCUGGAAGUGGAGGGGAAACCCCAAUAGUACUUAGUCAUGUUGUGUAUGAUAAGAUGAAGAGCAAAUAUCCAGAGUUUGUGGAGCGAUUGGAGAAGGAUGGCUUAAUCUAUACCCGAGUGCUGGGAGAAGAAGACAAUCCUUUGUCAGCAAUUGGUCGUGGAUGGAAAUCGACAUUUUUAACCUCCGACAAGAGCGUUGCUGAAGAAAGGGGUGCGGAGUUAGGAAUGAAGCUCGAGUGGCUUGAAGAUGGAGUGAAAACAAUUAUGGGUCCAAUACCAGCUAUCAAGUCCGACCACAUUAGACAAAGAAAAAUAUGGUUCAACAGCAUGGCGGCUGCAUACACUGGCUGGGAAGAUGCACGAAACGAUCCGAAGAAGGCAGUCACUUUUGGGGAUGGAAGUGCCUUGCCUGCUGAAAUCAUACAUGAUUGUGUCAAAAUAUUGGAAGCAGAAAGUGUUGCGGUGCCAUGGAAGAGAGGCGAUGUUCUGCUCAUUGACAAUUUGGCUGUUCUUCACUCCCGAAGACCAUUUAAUCCCCCUCGUCGCGUUCUAGCCUCUCUAUGCAAGUGAGGCAUGCAUCAUUGUAGGGAGUGUGUGGUCACGAUAUUUGACAAUAUUGUGAACUUUGAAUAUUUUGAUAUGAAGUUGUUGGGAGCAUUCAUGAAUAUGAUCAUAACAAUAUGACAUUUUCAUAAUAAUACGAGAUUGUUGAAGUUUUCAACAAACGUUCUAUUUUAUGGAGUAUGUAUAGGCUUGGACCGAGAGGCAAAGGACUAGUAGUAUUAAGAUUAGUCUGUUGGUGUGUACGUUCAGGCUCAGCUCAUGGAAUUUCUAUAUAUAGAGGCAGCUUGUAUUUUGUAGGGGUGAAAGAAUGUAGUUUAAUUCUUGGUAUCUG